AUGGCUGCAGCUCCACAUUCAGCGUCGCAGGCAAAGGAAAAGGCCCCGGAAGCCGCACCACAAAGAGGCGCCUCGCGCCGCCUAGAGCCCAGCUGCAAAGGUGCCGCGCAAACACGUUCCGGCAAGGUUGACCCGGAGCCCGGCAACGUUACCAGGGGCCCCGGCAACGUUGCCAGGGUGUGCGAAGUGUCUGCUUUGGUUACACUUGGUGGCUUCCAGACUUCGUAUUGUAAAGAAUGGGCCCGCCGCCAGCCCGCACGGAAACGCGGCAGCCCAGGGUUUUUUUCCAGACUUCAAACUCCAGUUCCAACCGUAAGAGCUUUUUCUGCCUUCCAGCCCUCGCAUCAAGUGGCAGGUCCUGUGUGGAGCCUGGGUCGACUCAAUCAUGUGGCCGUCGCAGUGCCAGACUUGGCAAAGGCCCAGGCGUUUUACAAGAAUGUUCUGGGGGCCCAAGUCAGUGAGGCGGUGCCUCUUCCUGAGCAUGGAGUGUCUGUCGUCUUUGUCAACCUGGGAAAUACCAAGAUAGAACUGCUUCACCCAUUGGGAAAUGACAGCCCAAUCGCAGGUUUUCUGCAGAAGAACAAGGCUGGAGGGAUGCAUCACGUCUGCAUUGAGGUGGAUAAUAUAAAUGCAGCUGUGAUGGAUUUGAAAGAAAAGAAGAUCCGUAGUCUAAGCGACGAGGCCAAAAUAGGAGCGCACGGAAAACCGGUGAUUUUCCUCCAUCCGAAAGACUGCGGUGGAGUCCUGGUGGAGCUGGAGCAAGCUUGAUUUGUGUUCACAAGAAACUAAACUAAUUGACCUGGAAAAGCUUGAUCGAAAUGAACUUUGGCAUUGAGUCCUCCCCUACUAUCAUUUAAAAGUUAAAAACUAAAUUAUAGAUAUUCACAAAAUUAUAUGUGUGUGUGUGUGUAUGUGUAUGUACUCAU